AUGAGUUCCAUGAAACAGCUGGCGUACUGGAAGACAUACUUCACUCCCAACCGCUACUCAAACGACCUCAUCCCUGAUCAGACCGGCAAAGUGGCGAUUGUGACUGGUGCCAACACAGGACUCGGAUACGCGACCAUGGUCGCUUUGGCUAGUCACGGCACACAUGUCUUUUUGGCUUGUCGUAGCGAGGAACGUGCCUUGCAUGCGAUCGAGAAGGCUACACAAGAGAUCAAGGAAAAGUACCCCCAAGCUCCGGCCCCCAACCUUGAGUUUUUGGAAUUGGAUUUGAACGAUAUGAGCAAGUGUAAGAAGGCUGCGAACGAGUUCUUGAACAAGGGUCUGCCUUUGCACCUGCUUGUCAAUAACUCGGGCAUCAUGACGACCCCCUUUGCCUUGAGUGCCGAUGGCAUCGAACAGCAGUUCGCUGUCAACCACAUGGGACACUUUGUUUUCACGACGGCGUUGUUGGAUCGGAUCAAGGAGUCACAACCUGCGAGAAUUGUCGUUUUGAGUUCUCAUUCCCACGAAAGACCAGUCGAGGGCGGUAUCGACUUUGACACCCUUAACGACGAGAAGAUGUCCACUAUUGUUUCUCGCUAUGGUCGUUCCAAACUCGCCAACGUUCUCUUUGGCAAAGCACUCGCUCGUCGACUUGCCGAUACGCAAGUUUAUGUCAACAUUGUCCACCCUGGUUUUGUGGACACAGAACUCACGCGCCACAAUAAGGUCUUGUUUGGAUCGGUGGUUUUAAGGAUCCUUGAAGCUAUAACGGCCGUAAUGGCAAUGACCCCAGAAGUCGGUGCGUUGACACAGUUAUAUGUCGCCACGAGUCCCGAGAUUGAGAGCAAGGAUAUCCGAGGACGAUAUUUUGUUCCUAUUGCGAAUGAGAUUCAGCCGAGUGCUUAUGCUCUGGAUGAGGCGUUGCAAGAGAAGUUGUGGGCGUUCUCGGAAGAGUUGGUUAAAGAGAAAGUUCGUGCGUAG